AUGGAAGAAGAGGAGGACCAGGGAGAAAGAGGUGUGGCCAACCCAGGGCUUGUUAUUGUUAAAAGAGAGGAUGAGGAGGAGAGGGACAGAGGGAAGGAUGAAGAGGAGGAGGAGGAAGGUGUGGAUAGGACCAAGCCAGGAGAGGGUGCCAGCUCUGACCCAGACAGCCUUGGGGACCCUGACCCGGAGAGACCGUACCUCUGCUCCCAGUGCGGCAAGCGGUUUACUGCAGCCAGCAGCUUGAAGAUACACACGAUGACCCACAGCGGAGAGAAACCCCACCAUUGUUCCGUUUGCGGGAAGGCCUUCUUGCGAUCCUAUGACCUGAGACGACACCAGGUGGUUCACAAAGGAGAGGUUGCCAGAUCUGACACAGACCUCUCUGAGAAGCACCACCGCUGCUCCGAGUGCGGAAAGAGGUUCCUCACAAAGACGCGGCUGAACAGACAUGCGCUGAUUCACAGCGGAGAGAAACCACAUCAGUGCUCUGUCUGCGGGAAGUGUUUCUUACGACCCGACGACCUGAGGAGACACAUGACCAUCCACACCGGAGAGAAAACCAAGCACGUCUGCCAUCCGUGUGGGAAGACCUUCACCUUGCUACGGCACCUCAAGAUCCACCAGCGAAUCCAUACAGGAGAGAAACCAUACCACUGCUCCAAGUGCCCGGAGAGUUUCGCUCACCUGUUGGAGUAUAGGAAGCACAGACAGACCCACCGUAUCGAGAAACCAUACCACUGUGAUGACUGUGGCAAGAUGUUCUCCCACUUCAGAACCCUCAAGGUUCAUCGUCUGAUCCACACAGGAGAGAACCUCCACCACUGCUCCUACUGCGGGAAGGGUUUCACAAUCAGAGGGAACCUCAACACCCACCUACUGACCCACACCAAGGAGAAACCGCAUCAGUGCUCCAUCUGCGGACAACGCUUCGCCAGAUCCCAGUGCCUGAAAAAACACAAGCUCAAGAAGUUACACAUGGAAGAGGUCCUCUACCACAUCUGCGACUGCGGUAAGAGCUUCACGGAUGUAGAGAAGCUGCAGACGCAUGCAAGGACGCACUUGAAGAACCUUGAGAAGAGGUUCUGCUGCUCGUACUGCGGUCGGACCUUCGUACGGGCUGGUGACCUUCAAAGCCACCAGAGAACACACACUGGAGAGAAACCGUACGUCUGCACUAUAUGCGGGACACGUUUCGCCCAGUCUGGGAACCUGAGAGUGCACCAGAUCACGCACACUAAAGAGAGGCCGUACCCUUGUACUGUCUGUGAUAAGGGGUUCACCACACCCGGGAGUCUGAAGGUGCACAUGAGGCUCCAUACAGGGGAGAAGCCGUAUGUCUGUAGCCUGUGUGGGAAAGGGUUCCAUGUACCCAAAUUGCUGAAGAAACACCAGGAGCAUCACACAAGCGAGAUGACAGCCUCCUUGGACAUGACAUAGGAAAAGCCUACAAUUUGUCUGGAGGACUUUUAUUUUGGAAAACACAUGUCCUCAAUGAGACCAGUGGCCAGUACUUUAGUCACUGAGGCCUAUCCUUUCUCAAUUCAUCUUUCCUCGAUUAUCUCGCAUCCUCUCUCCUCACCUCCUCAACUGUAUUGGAGGAGAACAUCUAAAGUCCCUCCCCUCAGACCUUCUCCUCCAAUGAGUUUUGAGAAGAAGCUGAGGAGAGAGAAUGGAAGGACUCGAGGACUGAAAAAAAAUCCAGGUUUCAAUGGCCAAAAGAUUGCUGGUGGUUUCUCUGCUGCUCUCACUAGCAUCGCUGGGCCUCGGGCACGUACCAGUGGGAGGUCUACAUUUGAAACAGUCUAUAAAUCCAUUUAAGGACAAUGGGUUUUCAAAAUAAAAGUAAUCUGAAAUUGUGCUCCAAAUGUGCUUUUCAACGUCUCACUAAUCAUGACUGAAUUUGUAGUGCUUCAUUUAGUGAUACAGCCUUCAUAAAGCUUCUCUAGGUUAACGCCAUAUAUGAAGACCGUAAUUAUAUAUAUAAUGAUGUGUUACAUCGUGUUGCCCUCUUUAGGCAGCCUAGUGGUGAGAGCAUUGGGCCAGUAACUGAAACGUUGCUAGAUCGAAUCCUUGAGCUGACAAGGUACAAAUCUGUCAUUCUGCCCCUGAGCAAGGCAGUUAACCCACUGUUCCCUGGGCGCCGUGGAUGUCGAUUAAGGCAGCCCCCUCCCCCCCCCGCACCUCUCUGAUUCAGAGGGUUAAUUGUGGAAGACACAUUUCAGUUGAAGGCAUUCAGUUGUACAACUGACUAGGUAUCCCCCUUUCCAUUAUUGCCAUCGUGGUUAUUAUUUGACCCUGCUGGUCAUCUAUGAACGAUCUGGCCUUAAUGGUCACAUGGACUCUUAAAUCUCUACCCGGCACAGCCAGAAGAGGUCUGGUCACGCCUCGGCGCCUGGUUCCUCUCUACCCGACACAGCCAGAAGAGGUCUGGUCACGCCUCGGCGCCUGGUUCCUCUCUACCCGACACAGCCAGAAGAGGUCUGGUCACGCCUGGUUCCUCUCUACCCGACACAGCCAGAAGAGGUCUGUUCACCCAUCAGAGCCCUGCUUCCUCUCUAGGUUUCUGCCUUUCUAGGGAGCUUUUCCUAGUCCCUUUGCUUCUGCCUCUGCAUUGCUUGUUCUUGUGGGUUUUAGGCAGGGUAUCUGCAGGGCACUUUGUGGUUUUAGGCAGGGUAUCUGAAUUUAUGGUCAUGGUAGGCUAUAGUAUUCUAUUUUAACUGCAAUUGUGUUGGUCAUUGUUACCAAGUGCAGCAUUUAUUCAAGUUGAAAUAGUCAAAAUACUUUACUCAACAUUGGGUGCUGGAGCUUUUUGUUGUUGACCACAUGCCCCCCAAAGGGUCAGAGUUCAGCCCUGGACAAGAGCACUUUGUGGCACCUGCUGAUGUGAAAAAGGGCUUAAUAACAUGCACAUGAUUUGAUGUGACACAAUGUGACCAUGUCAGUAUAUGUUAUGACAAUAAACGCCAACUGCGUGAUGUGUUGUUCUUUGUUUGGGGUUCUCUGAGGGGUGGUUUACUAGACGAAGAUUAAGCCUAGUCCUUGUCUAAAAAGUAUUCUCAAUGGAGAAUUUAUAGUGAAAAAGUGCUUUUUAGUCCAGCACUGGGCUUGAUCUGUGUCUGGGACACCGCCACCAGAGACUUUUAACAUGUGGAGUGUAGAAAUGCUAAAAUAAAAUGAAUGAAUACCUA